AUCGCAUUACGCGAACAAAUAGCGGAGGGGCGGCCGGGCCAGAGGGCUUGUGUAACUUUACAAACGCGCCAGCGCGUUUAAAGUCCCUCCUUCCCGCACCCCAGACGCUGCCCGCCCGCCGGCCGCGCCGUCCAGCGCCUUUCGGGAUCCGGACCCGGGGAGCCGGUGCCACGUCCGAGGGCGCCUCGCCAGCAGGCUCGGCACCCACGCGAGCCCGGGGCCGGGGACCCCGCGCCCCCAGCUCCCGGACCCUCUCCCGCCUUCAGGCCCCCCGAGGCGCCACCGCCCCCCGCGGCCGCCCCUGCCCCGGGCACCCGGCCGGAGCGAUGCGCGCCGCCUGGGCCGCGCUCCUGCUGGGGCAGCUGCAGCUCUGCUCCCUCCUGCGUGGCGCCCCGCAGCCCCCGCGCGGGCCCGCGGGCCCCGGCUCCUGGCGCCAGCGCCUGAGGUGGGAGAACAACGGGCAGGUGUUCAGCCUGCUGAGCCUGGGCGAGCGCUACCAGCCGCAGCGGCGCCGCGACCCCGGCGACCCCAGCGCCGCCGCCCGGCACCCGCGCCUGCCAGUUCUGGUUGUGCGCGACCGCAACCGGUUCCGAGCUGGGUCCGCGGCGGCCCGCGAUGCCGGCGCCUUGCACGCGGGGAACCGCACCGGGCCCGGCCCGGCCGGGACCUCCGAGCCCCGCACCCCGCCGCCGCCGCCGCCGCCAACGCCGCGCCACGUGGACCGCAUGGUGGGCGACGACCCGUACAACCCCUACAAGUACCCCGACGACAACCCGUACUACAAUUACUACGACACCUACGAGCGGCCCCGGCCCGCGGGCAGGCAGCGCCCCGGCUACGGCACCGGCUACUUCCAGUACGGUCUCCCGGACCUGGUGCCCGACCCUUACUACAUCCAGGCGUCCACCUACGUGCAGAAGAUGGCCAUGUACAACCUGCGAUGUGCUGCGGAGGAAAACUGCCUGGCCAGUUCAGCAUACAGGGGAGAUGUGAGAGACUAUGAUUACAGGGUACUCUUAAGAUUUCCCCAGCGAGUGAAGAACCAGGGAACGUCGGACUUCUUACCGAGUCGCCCACGCUAUUCCUGGGAAUGGCACAGUUGUCACCAGCAUUACCACAGCAUGGAUGAGUUCAGUCACUAUGACCUGCUGGAUGCCAACACACAGAGCAGAGUGGCUGAAGGUCACAAAGCAAGCUUCUGUCUCGAGGACACAUCUUGUGACUAUGGCUAUUAUAGACGAUUUGCUUGUACUGCACACACACAGGGGUUGAGUCCUGGCUGCUAUGAUACUUAUGCAGCAGACAUAGAUUGCCAGUGGAUUGACAUUACAGAUGUACAACCUGGAAACUACAUUCUCAAGGUCAGUGUCAACCCCAGCUACUUGGUGCCUGAAUCAGACUACAACAACAACGUUGUGCGUUGUGAUAUUCGGUACACAGGACAUCAUGCAUAUGCCUCAGGCUGCACAAUUUCACCGUAUUAGAAAACAAGCCCAGCUUCAAUGGAUAAAUCAGUGCCUGGUGUUCUGAAGUGAAAAAAAAAAUAGAUUAGCUUCAGUAGGAUUAACAUAUUUUGAAAAAGAACACAGAAAACAAGAAAGGAGUUUUUGUUUGGACUAUUUUAUCAUGAAGCACAUAACUGGAUUUUGAAUGGUUAAAUCAGCACUAUUUGGGAUGUUUUUACUAUUUAUUCACAUUACUUUGUGAAUUAACACAGUGUUUUAAUUCUGUAGUUACAUGCUUGGCUCUUUCAGAGAAAUUCAAACUUUAUAUGCUUCCUUGGAAUUAUAAUAGAAAAUAGAAAAUAAUACUUUAAUGAAUGAGCCAAAAUUACUUUGAACUGAUUAUUUUCUAAAGUAUCGAGACUUCUGUGCAACGUAAUAAUAAUGUGCUUAUAUGUGUUUUAGUGUAAAUUAAUUUAGAAAUGAUGCUCCUACUGUUUAAAUAGAUAUGGACACAUUUGGUGCUGUGGAAGGAACAACCAUAUCAAGAAAUAUUGGUGUCAAAAAAUAUUGGUGUCAAGAAAUAUUGUUUAGCAAAGAAAUAGCAAUAUAUGUAUUCAGAUAGUUAUAUCCCUGUAUAAAAAUUAUGUUUACAUUUUCUAAAUCAGUAGAUAACUUUCUGUCAAGUGCAUAAUUUCAUUUUCACUUGAGUCAACUUUUAUUUGGAAUGAAUUAGGUAAUUGAGCUGUCCAAUUCCUGUCUUAUACUUAGUGAUGUGCCCCCUCUACUCUUAUUUUUUUCUAUACGCAGAGACAUUUCAAGUGACAUUCUUAAAAUUAUCAUUCUGGGAACUAGAUAUAUAGGGACACCUUGGUAACUGGAAAGUCAUUCUGUGACAGAUGUGAUACAUUCAGAAAUAAUACACAUUUAAGAAUAUUUGAAGUGUUAGUCAAAAGUAAAAUCUCCUUGAUGACAUAAAAAUCAUACCAAAAAAUCACCAAAACCACAUUGUCUCUCAAAUACUUAAAAGAAAAUAGAACACAUGUCAAGAUCUUCAAUUCUCUUAUUUUUAAAAACUGUUUAGCUAAAUGGCUGCUAAAAUUUUUAAAUUAUUCAUUAUAGAUGACAACAGUAUGUGUAGAACACAGGAAUAUCAUCCUAGCCUCUUCAGGAAUUGAUCAUGCAUGUUUUUGUGUGUGUAUAUAUGUCUGACAUAUAGUCCAAAUUAUCAGCUAGUAAGUAUUGCAUCUUUGGGUUGGUAAGCGAGAAGAAAGUACUUUCUGUAAAAUCAAGGACUAUAAUUCAGAUGGAGACAGCUGUGAUUUUGUUUUAAACUGUGAAACUAUGUGCAACAACAGAAUUUGGAAAAUCUUUUUCUUGAAUUCAAAGAUACAGAAAGAAAUCGAAUUAGACUCUUAAUUUAGUGGCGCUUAGGCAGGAGUUUUUCUACAUUUAACAAGUAUUAAAAUCUCAAGCAAAGUAUUUGCAGUGUCAGAACAUACUAGGUAAAAUUUUAAAUGUGAGUUGGCAUCCUGUCUUCUGUGUCACAGAUUUGUAAAGCCAACAUCAACUAUUAAUACUUUUGCACUUACUGGGUGCAUAGCAUGAUAAAAAGGGAUAAAAGAUGGUCAAGAGAUAGUUAUCAGGGUGGGUGGGGUGAUACCCGUGGCCCUUAUUUGCUCCCACACACUUACCAAUAAAUCCAGCUGGAACUUUUCAUUGAGCUAGCAUCUGAGCUAUGGGACCCUUUCUUUGCCUUAAAGUGCUUUGUAGUUUAAGAUUGUAGAAUGACUCUUUAAAAUUGUAACCUUUUCUAAUAAAUGUAUUUUGAUAUACUUGCUUAAAAAACAAAGCAAAACAAAACAAAAACCUAAAACUACUAUCAGUAUUAAUACUGAGCCAGACUGGCAUCUCUAGAUUUAACAUCUGUUGUCUAAAAGACUGCUUCAAAAACUAGCCAAUAUAAGACCUUUAGAUAUAAGAGAAAACACAUAGAAAUCUCAACAAGGUCUUUUUUUGUGUGUGUUUAUCUGUCAACCAUCAUUUGAAGACCUAAUAUAAGCCAGGCACUCAUGUGCUAGGCAUUGCGACAUACAAAACAUUAACUUCAAUAAGUAUGAAAGAUGUCAUUAUUACCCAUUAGGUUCAUCUUAUUUUUUAAUAACUAAAAGUACAUGUCCAUACAACUUCAAUUGUAACCACUAUUAUUUUUCAUGACCAUUUUUAAUUUAUAAAAAAGGUUAAUUACAUGAACAUAUGUAUUUCUAAUUAAAGUAUUUCAAAUCCCUGCAAUGUCUGUUUAUUAAAUAUAACAUUUAUUAUUUGGUUUAUUUUGCAAAAAAUUUUUUUCAUUAGGAACCUAAAGAUUCUUGUUUAUUUCUUUUGUCCAUGUUCCUUCCCUUCCCCAUCAUUCUUAAACACUUACAAUUAACUCAUAACUGAUGAUUUAAUAUUCGGUAGUUUUGAACCUUAAAAGGUCUUUGAAUAAGUAUCAAAACACAGAUAAUGAUUAGCUGGUGAAGGUUAUCAAUUAAUAACAAAGAACAAAAUUCAGUCCUACUAAACUAAGGAUGUAGAAACAGUAUGAAGAACCUGGACUACUGAGGACAGACUAGCUUUUAUAUGAUAGUGACUGGGAACAAGUAGAAAAGAAUUGCUUAAGCUCACUACCUGCCCCAUGAGUGGUUUCAUGAUUAUUCAGUCCACAGUCUGGCUUGAAGACUUCUUGGCCUUUGAGACUCAGUCAGUCUCCCAAAAGAACCAUACAUGUAUGAAUAUGCAACUUGCCUAUUUCCAGAAAUCUUCAUAUUUUUAUAUAAUUUUAUUUACAAUUUCUAUCUAAUUAUUCACAAGGAAUUAUUUGUAAUAACAUUUUGCUCUUUGAAAUCCCAUAUGAUAGUUAGACAUUUAUAAACAUUCUAGACACUCAAAUUUUAGAAGAAACAGUUUAGUAAGGUUUUCCUCAUACUGAGAAGUUUUAGAUUGAAAUUCUGGUCAUGAGAUAUUUUGUUUCUAAGAAAUUUGCUUUGAAACUAUAUUACAGGAUUAAAAGUAUCCUUUUUCUAUAUUUUUUAUUUUUUGAUUCAUAUUCACAAUCAAUAUAUUUCAUCUACAAGUUAAGUUUUCAUUCCCAGGUACCAAAAGUUCUCGGCCACUUCUGAAUGUUCAAAGCAUUGCAUCGUCCUUUGAGCUAAAAUGGUGCUGACUUAUUUCAACUUGAAUGUAAAAUGCAUUAAACGUUAGCUCAUGGGAUAUAUAUAGUUAACAUACAACUGUCAUUUGGUAGCAUAAUAUUUUUAAGGCAAUUUUAGUUUCUCCUAAAUUUUUCUGUAAUCCUGUUUGUAAAACAUGUAACUUUUAUGAAGAGCUUUUAUUUUAAAUGCCCAGACACUGGCUUUAUUCUUCUCUGCAUUUUCCUCUUCUUUUAUUCAUAUUUUAUUAUAUGACUAUACUGUAAUUGCAAGAUUAUAUUAAAAUGCCUUGAAUAAAUGAUUUUUAAGUGUC